UUGUGGGAACCUGCACCCAGCAUGGCCGGCCUUCAGGCCAACGCUCUGAGGAUUGUUCUGGUGGGAAGAACCGGAUGUGGGAAAAGUGCAACAGCAAACACCAUCCUUGGGAAAAAGGAGUUUGAUUCUAGAAUUAGCGCCAUGUCUGUUACCAAGAGCUGUGGGAAAGCAUCGCGGGCCUGGAAGGGGAGGGAUCUUGUUGUCGUGGACACCCCAGGGCUCUUUGACACCAAGGUGUCACUGGAGACCACCUGUGAGGAAAUCGCUAAGUGUGUCCUGUACUCCUGCCCCGGGCCUCACGCCAUCAUCCUCAUACUACAGCUGGGCCGCUUCACGGAUGAAGAGCACAGUACAGUUGAAUUGAUCAAGGCCAUCUUUGGGGAGCGCGCCAUGAAGCACAUGAUUGUCUUGUUCACUCGCAAAGAUAUGUUGGAGAAGGAUCAGAAGCUGAGUGACUUUAUAAAAGAGUCAGAAGAACGCCUACAAACCAUUAUCAAGGAGAGUGGGAAUCGCCAUUGCACCUUCAAUAACGAAAGUUUAGACGAAGCUGAGAAGGAAGCUCAAGUGCAGGAGCUGGUGCAGCUGAUCGAGGCAAUGGUGCGGGAGAACGGAGGGGCUCACUUCUCUGAUCCCAUCUAUGAGGACAUAGCGGAAAAGCAGAGACGUCUGGAAGAGGCCUUGGAGAAAAUCUAUGCUGAGAAAUCAAAAACGGAAAAACUAGUAAAAGAGCUAUAUGCUCAGCAAAAAAUAUCGAAGCAAGAAAUGGAGAAACAAAUGAUGUCCCUGAAGGAGAAAUAUGAUGAACAAAGUGAAACUACAAAGGAAGAAGGUGAAAAAUAUAUAUUUACAAGAAUUUUCAGUAUGAUUUUGAAAGCACUUUUGAAUUUGAAGCAUACGAUUUGGAAAUAAUGCAAAUUUAAUUUUUCUUCUUAAUUUACUAUGAUUUGUAUCAGUGUGGCAGAAUGUAUAUUCCAAAGAUGGCUGUCGCGAUUUCUUCUAUCCCACCUGUUUUCUUGAAGUCAGAACUGUUACUCCUUCUGCUGAGCUGCGGGGACUGUGUCCCCACCUUGAAAUUCCAUGGCCUCUGUGACUGCUUGGAUAAGUAGUGGGUGGUGAGACUUCUGAAGUUAGACAGGGACAAUCCGCCCUGCUCUCUGGGGUACACGCCCUCGGAACGUGGCCGCCAUGCCGUGAGGAAGCCCGCGUUGCCCAUCGAGACGCCCAUGAAGAGGACGUGAGUCCUGCCCGCCCCCGGCUGCUCUCCCUUCUGCCCGUGUGGCCCCAGGGCAGUGGGCUCUCCAGCUGCCAGUGGAACCACCUCAGAGGACGCUGCAGAGAGCAAGGACAGGCCAUCCCCACCGCAU